AUGGAGGAGAAAAAGAGCAUAACUGAAGUGGGAGUUGACGAUAUAAUCAAGGCAGGUUUGUCUGUAGAAGAGGAGGCUAAAGAAUUCCACAAAAUCCUCAAAGAAACAAUUGGUGAAGCAAAAGGGUUAGACCCAAGAGAGGUUUGGAAGGAAGUGGUGGAUAAGAGAGUGCUAAAGCCAUGGCAUCCUCAUGGGCUACAUCAACUUGUCUAUUACUCUGUCUAUGCUCAUUGGGAUUCCUCAACCAACGGUCCUCCUCUUUAUUGGUUUCCUAAUCUAUAUGAGUCUAGACGGACGAACUUGGGACGUGCGAUGGAGAUUCAUGGUCUGAAGCUUUUAGGAACUAACUACAAGGAUCCUAUAACAAGUUUCAGCCUCUUUCAGAAAUUCUCUGUUGAACAUCCUGAGGCUUAUUGGUCAAUUGUUCUGAAGGAGCUUUCAGUUGUAUUUCGUGAACCGCCAAAGUGCAUUCUAGACACAACUGACAAAUCAAAACCUGGAGGAACAUGGCUUCCUGGUUCAGUUCUGAAUAUUGCUGAAUGCUGCUUGCAACCUGCAAGUCGUCCUAUUAAAAAGGAUGAUGGUGUGGCUAUUGUCUGGAGGGACGAAAGCGAUGAAUCUGUUUUGCACCAUUUGACAGUGAAAGAAUUUCGAGAGCAAGUAAUGUUGGUGGCCAAUGCACUGGAUGCAACAUUUACCAAGGGUGAUGCAAUUGCGAUUGAUAUGCCAAUGACAGUUGAUGCGGUUAUCAUAUACUUGGCCAUUGUAUUAGCAGGAUUUGUUGUUGUGUCAAUAGCUGACAGCUUUGCAGCCAAGGAAAUUGCUACUCGUUUACAUCUCUCCAAUGCAAAGGGUAUCUUCACUCAGCUGAGGAGGGAUUUUAUUCUCAGAGGAGGUCGAAAAUUUCCUUUGUACAGUCGCGUUGUAGAAGCUAAUCCUUGUAAGGCUAUUGUGAUCCCUGUGAUUGGAAAUGAUGUGGGGCUUCAAUUAAGAAAUCAGGAUCGGACAUGGAACGACUUUUUGUCCAGUGUCAGUCACCUUCCAAGGCCAAAUUAUUACUCUCCUGUUUAUCAACCAGUAGACUCAAUGACUAAUAUACUCUUUUCUUCUGGAACCACAGGGGAUCCAAAAGCUAUUGUAUGGACACAGCUUUCGCCAAUUCGAUGUUCUGCAGAUGCCUGGGCUCACAUUAACCCUCUAGAUGGUGAUGUCUUCUGCUGGCCAACAAAUUUAGGGUGGGUGAUGGGACCAAUUUUACUUUAUUCUGCCUUUUUAUGUGGCGCAACUCUUGCCCUCUUCCAUGGAUCUCCUCUUGGCCGGGGGUUCGGAAAGUUCAUUCAGGACGCGGGAGUUACUGUUUUGGGUACAGUUCCGAGCAUAGUAAAAGCUUGGAAGAGUACCAACUGUAUGGAGGGCUUAGAUUGGACAAAUUUAAAAUCCUUUUGUACUACUGGUGAAACCUCAAAUGUUGAUGAUGACCUUUGGCUUUCUUCGAGAGCUUAUUACAAGCCCAUCAUUGAAUGUUGUGGAGGCACAGAGCUUGCAUCGUCCUACAUCCAAGGAUCUCCACUGCAGCCACAAGCUUUUGGAGCAUUUAGCACUUCAUCGAUGGCAACUGGCUUUGUCAUCCUUGAUGAAAAUGGAGCUUCUUAUCCAGAUGAUGUACCUUGUGCUGGUGAAGUGGGUUUAUUCCCUCUAUAUCUGGGAGCAAGUGAGAGAUUGCUCAAUGCCAAUCAUGACAAAGUUUACUUCAAAGGAAUGCCAAUGUAUAAGGGAAUGCAACUCAGGCGACAUGGAGACAUCAUUAAGAGAACAGUUGGAGGCUAUUUCAUUGUACAAGGCAGGGCAGAUGACACCAUGAAUCUUGGUGGAAUUAAGACAAGUUCUGUUGAAAUUGAGCGCACCUGUGACAGUGCAGAAGAAAGCAUCAUGGAGACUGCUGCAAUCAGUGUAGCACCAGUAGAUGGGGGUCCAGAGCUAUUGGUAAUUUUUGUAGUACUAAAGAAAGGAUUUGAUGGGGAACCAGACAAGUUGAAGAUGAAAUUCUCCAAAGCCAUCCAAAGGAACCUCAACCCUUUGUUUAAGGUGAGCUUUGUUAAGAUUGUCCCCGAGUUUCCCCGAACUGCUUCUAACAAGUUACUGAGGAGAGUCUUGAGGGACCAAAUGAAGCAUGAGCUAUCAGUUCGGAGUAAAAUUUAG